CCGACCCGAGCGGGGCUCCUGUCCCGGGGCUCGUCCCGGCCGGGGCUGGCGGGCUCGCUCCCGCCUCGCGUUCCAAGUUUCGGCAGCUGCUCCGCCUCUCCCGGGUCGCGGUGCUGCCGCUGCUGCGGAUCCCGGCCGCUGGCGACCACCCCGGCCCGGUUCGGCCCGGUUCCCCUCGGCCGGUACCCGCCAGAUGCCCGAGGAGGAUGAAGGGGUACCCGGACCAGCAGGUGCCGUUCACUUUCCCGCAGCCGCCCCCGGGCCCGGCGCUGCCCGCGGGCCGAGCCGUGCUGGGCGCUGGCAGGACUACCGGGGAGCCGCCCGUGCCGCCGGAGCAGGACUCGGAAGAGCUCUUCCAGGACCUGCGGCAGCUCCAGGAGACCUGGCUGACUGAAGCUCAGGUUCCAGACAAUGAUGAGCAAUUUGUGCCUGAUUUCCAUUCAGAAAACUUGGCUUUUCACAGUCCUCCUGCUAAGAUCAAAAAGGAGCCCCAGAGCCCCUCGGAGCUGUCCUGCAGCCACGAGCAGCCCCUCCAGCACAAGAGCGAGCAGUGCCUUUAUGCCAGUGCCUAUGACCAGCCCAGAGAGUCCCCCAGCCCCGGAGUCCUGAUCCAGCCCCCACUGCAGCAGUUCCCCAGACAGGACAGGAGCUUCCUGAGCCCUGCAGGGCCACCCCACCCCACAUCCAGCUGUGGGUUCCUCAGUGAGAGCAGCUCUGCCUAUCAGCCACCUCUGGAGAUGUGCCAUUCCUUCCCAGCCUCCCAGGAAGACCCUGCUGCCUACCAGUGCCAGCUGCCCAAGCCCUGCCUCCAGUACCCUCAGCAAGGCUUCAAGCAGGAGCAGCAGGACCCCCAGCACGAGCCAGCAGCCCGGGCAGGCAGCAGGCAGCAGUACCCAGCAGCUGUGCUGGUCAAGCAGGAGCAGCUGGAUUACCUGUACGAGCCAGGCUGCAGCUAUGACAAGCAGAUGAGGUCCUUUACUGAUGAUGUCUGUGUUGUUCCAGAGAAAUUUGAAGCAGGAGACAUCAAGCAGGAAGGUGGAGGGUACCGGGAAGGACCCCCCUACCAGAGACGGGGCUCGCUCCAGCUCUGGCAGUUCCUCGUGGCUCUCUUGGACAAUCCCACCAAUUCCCACUUCAUUGCCUGGACUGGGAGAGGAAUGGAGUUCAAGCUCAUUGAGCCAGAGGAGGUGGCCAGGCUGUGGGGGAUCCAGAAGAACCGUCCAGCCAUGAACUACGACAAGCUGAGCCGGUCUCUGCGCUACUAUUACGAGAAAGGCAUCAUGCAGAAGGUGGCUGGGGAGCGCUACGUGUACAAGUUUGUGUGUGAGCCUGAGGCUCUGUUCUCCAUGGCCUUCCCCGAGCAGGCGCGGCCGGCGCUGAAGGCGGAGCUGGAGCUCAGCGAGGAGGACACGCUGCCCCUGUCCCACCUGGGUGACAACUGCUCCUACCUGCCAGACCUUGGCAGCUUCCCUGCACAGCUCUACAGCAAAGGCUACACCUACUAGCACUGCUGGGAGUGCAGAGAUGG